UGAGGCUCACUUUCUCUAAUGCAAUGCAAUACAAUCCUCCAGGCAAUGAGGUCCAUAUCAUGGCAAAGGAAUUAAAUAAUAUCUUUAAUCUAAGAUGGAAAUUACUGGAAGAUAAAUGGAUAAAGGAAACAGUAACAGUCUUGCACAAGCCAGUGACAAAAGGAUGGGCAGAAUCAAGAGUUCAAGACAAAACAAGCGGUCCGCAUUACAUCUGCUUUGUCUGCUACUGCCAUGAGAAAAUGUGCUAAGGUCUCUGUUGUGGAUACUCGCAAAGUUAUGGAUGAUGAAACCCUAAAAACAGCGUCAGCUGUCAUCAAUGAUACAUGUGUCAGUAUGGAAUUCAGUUCCCGAUGUCAGUAUGAUGUUUCACAGGCUUCAGUUAUUGAUGUAGACUCAGAUAGGUCUCUGGCUGACGAGAGUCAUGGUCAUGAUUGUAUUCCAUCUGAUCUGGAUUUUAAAAACAGCUUAGCAGAGGCUGCAGUUAUUGAGGACAAUGCUCAAACCAUGUGGCAUCUUGCUUCCUCACCAGUGGCUGCAAGAAAAGAUGCAGAAGAUUCCCUCCCUCUGGAGCAACUAUCACCAACCAAAGCUCUCCGUGCUGCAAUGCUGAAGAGCCGUUUUGCUGAUACCAUAAUUAAAGCACAGCAGAAAACACUCUUGAAUCAUGGAAACAAAGUAGAUCGGGUGAAGAUGCAGAGGGAAAAAGAGAAACUGGAAAAGCAACAGCAGGAAGAGAAGGCUCGAAUUGAAGCCCAUGUUAAAGCUGCUGAAGCUUCUGCAAGAAAGAAGGCGGAAUACAAGUUGAAGAUGCAGAGGGAAAAAGAGAGGGAGGCAGCUCGCUUGGCUCUGCGAAAGGUGGUGUACUAAAUGUUUUUCACCAAAAAUGGCUUCCUGUUGACAUGCA